CGGAGGGGGCGGGGCACAUUGGGAAGUGGCCGCAUUCAGCUUUGCAUAACCAAUACGGGCAGGUAUUUAACAGAGUCGUCGCCUCCACGAACCUGCAGUUAACCAGGCGAGGACCCACCCUUUACGAUGAGCCCACUGUUGCUGGCUCCCUUCCUGUUCUCUCUGGGCUUGCUUCUUGCCGGCCCAGCCUUUCCUGCACGCAUUCUCCAGAACCGGCAGGGUAGCUUUUCCUGGGAUAACUGUGAUGCAGGGAAGGACCCUGCGGUGAUCAACAGCCUGACUCUGGAACCUGACCCCAUUGCCAUUCCCGGGAACUUGACCAUCACUGCUGAGGCCAAGACCAGUGCUGUCCUCAGUGAUCCUCUGAAGGUAGAAUUAACUGUGGAGAAGCACAUAGCUGGCUUCUGGGUCAAAAUCCCAUGUGUGGACAACAUUGGUAGCUGCACCUAUGACAACUUCUGUAAUAUGCUUGAAAUGUUAAUUCCCAUUGAGGAACCCUGCCCGGAACCACUGCACACCUAUGGGCUUCCCUGUCACUGUCCCUUCAAAGAAGGCGCCUACUCACUGCCCAAGUCUGACUUCAUGCUGCCCGACCUGGAGUUGCCCAGCUGGCUCAGCACGGGGAACUACCGCCUGCAGACCAUCCUGAGCAACAGCGGGAAGCGACUGGCUUGUGUCAAUAUCUCCGCCUCCCUUAAAGGCAAAUAAGGUGGCACCUGCCACUGCAGAAUGAAGAGGGUGUGAGGAAGGCAUCCUCUUCCUCUGUCUUACAUUGGUCAAGGCCAGAUUCUACUCUCUGUCCUUCCUCAAGCCCUUUUCUACAAUGAUGAUGUUCCCCCGCUGAAAGUCAUCUUAUACCACCUACAGAGUUUUUAACUGUGGGCCAGCAGCCCUGACCUAAGGGAGGAUGAGCCUGGUGGUUUUUGACAGCCCAGGACACCUACUGGGGUGGCUGCUGCACUUUCAGCCUCACUCCCAUGGCUUUCUAAGACCUUAACUCAUUUUCUAAGGAGGCUAACAUGUUUUAUGACCCCCACAUUCAGAGUGACCCAAUCUUGGUCUCCUGAAGUACCUUUAUGAUUUUUCUCAUUGAUUUUUUAUGUGUGUCACUGACCUAAAAGCAGAGUGAAAGUACUAACAGUUUUCAUUUUACUCCCACUCCCUCUUACAAGGGUCUGAAGGAGGUGAUCUAAAUCUAUUCCUCUGUUAACUUCUAUAAUUUAGUGUUCUUUUUCUAGACUUGCCCAGUUAACACUGGGGUAUAGUGUAUCCUGGAGAGGCAGGGCAUGUGGAAGAACAACUGAGAAUGCUCUGUGUAUUUAAGAUAGUCUGCAAAUUCAGGUGCUUUCAGGGCAAAGCGUGGGACAUCCGUGAGUGAUGAGGGCCACGAGAAGCAUGUUGUUUCCAGGCAUAUCUUGCCUUUGUAUAACAGCACUAAUCUAAGGCAGCUGCUGCCCCAUCUCAGGCUGGGGCUCUAAUCAGGAAUGUGGAGGCUGGGUUGAGCUGGAAAGGGUACUUCCAGUCUGUAGGGUCAGUUGCUGUCCAGUUAUUGCCAGUGAGUUCCACAGAAGACUGUGGGCCCAGCAUUACCAAAUAUUCUCAACAUUUUUCCCCUCAAGAGGCCAGAAAUCCAGACUUUUAUAAGAAAUCCAUUUUUAAAUAUUGACAGUGAAUUUUUUUUUUUUAAACACUGCACAGGCAGAAGGGGCCAAACAGACUUGUCAGUAGGGAAAUCUGGCUCAUGCGAGGCCAGUUCAUGGCCUUGGAUGUAAGAACACGCAUGCCCUGUCCUUUUAACCUUGAGACAACUCCAGCACUGUUUCUCCUUCUGUGGGGCCGAAUCCAUAGUGCCUGAGCUGGCAGGCUCCUCUGAUGCUGGGGGAGUAAGGUGGCCUCAGAGCUAGGAGCUCAGGGCCUCCUGCCCUGGCCCAGAGUGUUGUCAGGGUGAGGGAGGCAGAGCCUGAAGAGGUGGCUCCACCAGCAGCCAUUCUGUGGAGCAGGGAUCCAUGAUGAGAGGUGGACUUAUAUCAGGUGCCUGGGUUUGUUCAUCAUCCUGUCCUCCUAUGACCAGCCUCAGGUUUGGGGCUCACACGAAGCCUGGAAUGGUAAUAAAUCUUUUUGACUUGCUGAGAA